GUAAUAUCAUAAUUAGAACAUGAUACAUAAUAAAGUUCGUUCACAUUAUUGAUAAUUUAACAAUAAUAAAAUAUACAACAAUAUAUAUGGAAGAAGUAGAUAGCCAAGUUUUAAAAACGAAAACGAAAGUUUGUCUAUAUUUACUCCGCUGUUGCAAAGACCAAGAACAAGAUGUCUUUUAUCACUUUCUAUGGUUGGGAAGUGGAAUACGAUGAGGAACGCUGCCUUAGUGCAGACCAAGAGCCAAAGUCAGGCAGGAGCUACACCAUGUACCAUGGCACCAAAGUCCAAACCGCACGACUCAUUAUCCAGAAUGGCUUCCAGCAGUCCUCUGAUGGCAUGCUGGGACCUGGAGUUUAUGUGAGUCGAAACCAGAAGAAAGCCGAGCGCUAUCCAAUAAACUCACACUUCACUAACAAAGUUGUGCUAAAGUUGAGCGUCAACUGUGGAAAAAUCAAGCGUAUCGAUACGGACAACCACCCUAUGCAGAAGACCUGGCAUAACCACGGCUUCGACACUGCCUGGGUCCCACCCAAUUGUGGCAUGCUCGCUGUGCCCAGUGGCCUGGAGGAAGACUGUGUGUGGGACCCAAAGCGCAUCAAAGUGAUAGAUGUUGCCCUGGCGCCCAGCACUGCCAUCCAGGCCGAGCUGCAGCAGCUCAUUCGCCAGAGCCAGAUGGCCCCAGCUGCCACAACUAGCCCAGGAGUCUGUCAACUGUGCAAACGGAAACUCUGCCCGGCGCAUAGCACCCAACCCUGCUGGGGCUGUGGGGAGACCAUCUGCACACUCAUGAACAAACAUAAAUGUGCUCGAUGGGGUUAGGAAUCUCUUUAGAUAACUCCAUGCCAAAAUGAAUUGAAAAAGAUUAGAGAUAAAAGAUAAACCUUGUUUUACUGGUCUUUGGUCACUGGUGCACAGGACUUGUUUUACUGACACUGAUUUCAGGUAUUUUCUUGAAUGGAGUGUAUUAUGCAUAAUAUACACCUUGCAAUAAAAAAGUGACAAUCAUA